UUAAAGCCCUCACGGGCGUCACCAGGAGCCCACUUUCUCCUCUCAGCCUCGGUGCCGCUGGGGCAUCUGACAAGAUGUGAUACGUCACUCUCUCGUGCUGUGCUGCACGGGCCAGACCCCGAGCUCUUCAGAAAAAGAAAAAAGCCAUUAGCAUCUCAAUCCAGGGCAGACGUUGAAAUGCACUUUUGUUUUUAAGAACCACCAUCCACUCAGUGACUGGCUUCACUUGGGGAAAAAACCCAGCGGGCUGACCCUGAGUUACCAGCUCCCGGGGACCUGCCCUCCCCAAAGCUCCAGCCAUGAGGAGAGGAGACGGUAGAUGCGCCCCUUAGAGAUGGUGACUCCCUCCUGAGAAGCAGGACCACCUCCGGCAGGUAAAGGCCUCCUCCGUGGUGACCGGGCUGCUUCGCCCCAGGGCCCCGCCGGCCUUUUCUCAUCUGCUGCCAACGCCUUGCAGCCUGUUUCAGGUAGUUCUGGACUAUCUCCCGCUGCACACAGAGUAUGUUGUUUUUGUCGAGACUUAGAACACAUCCUUGUGGUGACAGAGAGAGGUGAUAAGCCAGCCUGCAAGACAUCGACGCCCUCUGUUUUGUGUAACGAUCCGAAUAGAGUUUAAAGGAGAAUAUGAAAGUUUUACUCAGGCUUGUUUGCUUCAUAGCUCUACUGAUUUCUUCUCUGGAGGCUGACAAAUGUGAGGAACGUGAAGAACAAGUAAUUUUAGUUUCAUCUGCACAUGAAGUUGAUGUCCGUUCAUGUCCUCUUAUCCCAAGUGAAAACAAAGGCGCUAUAAUUUGGUAUAAAAAUGACAGCAAGACAGUGGUGUCUACGGAAAGAGACUCCAGGGUCCAUCAGCACAAAGAUAAACUUUGGUUUGUUCCUGCUAAGGUGGAGGAUUCAGGACAUUACUACUGUGCAGUAAGAAAUUCAACUUACUGCCUCAAAAUUAAAAUAGCUGCAAAGUUUGUCCAGCACGAGCCUGCCCUGUGUUACAGCGCACAAGCUGUGUUCACACAGAAACUGCUGGUUCCUGGAGAUGGGCAGCUUGUCUGUCCUUACUUGGAUUUUUUAAAAGAUGAAAGCAAUGCGUUACCCGAAGUCCAGUGGUAUAAGGACUGCCAACCUCUACUUCUUGACAGCGUAAACUUUGCUGGGGUAACUAAUAAACUCAUCAUGACGAAUGUGACGGCAGCGCAUAAGGGACACUACACCUGCCGUGCCUCCUACAUGCACUUGGGAAAGCAGUAUCAUGUCACCCGCGUUAUAGAACUGAUUACCCUAGUGAAAAACAAGAUCAUGAGACCUGAGAUUGUGAGUCCAGUUAAUGAGACGAUGGAGGUGAACUUGGGAUCCCAGCUCCAGCUGGUCUGCAAUGUCACCGGCCGGUUGAGUGACUUUGUCUACUGGAAGUGGAACGGGUCAGCAGUUCCCGAAAACGACCCAGUGCUGGUGGAAGACUUUAGACUAGUGGAGAACCCUUUAAACAAAAAACGGAGCACAGUCAUCGCAGUGCUUAAUAUUUCAGUAGUGGAAAGUAAAUUUUAUCUACAUCCAUUUACCUGUUUAGCCAAGAAUACCGAUGGCAUGACUACAGCGUAUAUCCAGUUAAUACAUCCAGUCCCUGAUUUCCAGAAGCCCACGAUUGGUAUAUGUGUCAUGUUGACGCUGGUCAUUACAUGCUCUGUUUUCAUCUAUAAAAUCUUCAAGAUUGACAUUGUGCUUUGGUACAGAGAUUCUUGCUAUGUUUUCCUCCCAAAAAAAGCUUCAGAUGGAAAGACGUAUGACGCGUACAUCCUAUGUCCAAAGACACCUGAGGAAGGGGCCACCUCUAACUCAGAUAUUUUUGUGUUUAAAGUCUUGCCUGAGGUCUUAGAAAAACAGUGUGGAUACAAGCUGUUCAUCUGUGGCAGGGAUGACUACGCUGGGGAAAGCAUUGUUCAGGUUGUCAAUGAAAACAUAAAAAAGAGCAGAAGACUGAUAGUCAUAUUGGUGCGAGAAACAUCGGGAUUCAGCCGGCUGGGGAAUUCAUCCGAAGAGCAGAUAGCCAUGUACAAUGCCCUCAUUCAGGAAGGAAUUAAAGUUGUCCUGCUGGAGCUGGAGAAAAUCCAAGAUUAUGAGAAAAUGCCAGAAUCCAUUCAAUUCAUUAAGCGGAAACACGGGGCCAUACGCUGGUCAGGGGACAUUAGCGAAGGGUUGCAGUCUACGAACUCGAGGUUCUGGAAAAAAGUCAGGUACCACAUGCCAGUCCAGCGGCAGCUGCCUUCAUCCAAGCACCAGCUGCUGUCGCCGGCCACUAGGCGGGACUCGAAGGAGAAACGGCCAAGGGAGGUCCACGUGCCUCUCGGGUAGGGGAGAAGCUUGGCCAGAGUCCCUUGGUGACUCCUGUCUUUGGGCAUUGCAGGCUGGGCUGGGCCUCGCCGACUUGUACAGUCAUACUGCACACCUGUGCAGUCCCUUAUCCUGGAGGUCACCUGGAAUCGGGUUGUUAAGGGAGCAGGACGUGGUGCCAAUAGCAGGCCAGGGCGAUUCAGAGCAGAGGACUUGGGAGUCCUUUAAAACAGGAAACAGAUGCCCUGUCUGAAUGUCUGAACUGCUGAGAAAAGGCACAGGGGCAGCACACAAGAGGAAAGAACCUGCAGGAGAUGGCCACCUUCUCUAGAUGGCUUUAGGAAGUCACCCGCCGUCUGAGGGCGGGGCUGGGCCCAGUCUGGGGACGGCGGGGGCACCGGCCCUCGAGUGGCUCUCCCGGACACUGCGGCCGGCAGGGUGAGACCCACGCUUCCCAGGGGAAGGAGGAAGCUUUCCUGGAGCGCUUUCCCCCAUACCCGCCUCCGCAGCUGGCAGUCAGUUUCCAAAGAUGGAAUUACAUUUCACAGACCUUUUAAAACUCAUCUCUGUGGACAAAGGAAUUCUCUGGGAUUCUAAGGCUUGGUUAUAACCUCAGCUUUCUGCUAAAGAGAGAAUUUCAAGAGCAGGAAUAGAAGAGAAUGAUCCACGUUUAAUGCUGCCCCUCGGGAUGAACAUCGGUUCCACUUUAGUCUGCAUUUUACUUGACGCUUCACUUCUGCGGAAAGAUAACUUCCAAGUUACCUCCUCCGUACACCGUCACACACACAGCCCACGGGUCAACCAGCCUUCCCAAGAUGCUGCUCUGAUCUCCUCUCACUCUGCUCUUGCUGGAGCAGCUCCACGGGCUCCUCCUGGUUCAGGAGCUAAAGCCCACGUUCUUCUCCCACCAGCAUUUCCCCAUCACCCCACACCCCCAGCCCGCCAGCAUAGCCAGCCCCAUCUGGGUCCUGCCGUGUGAAUCCCCGGGUGGUACCCCCUCAGACCUCCCCCACCUGUUCCUCCAUCACUGCCUCCCCUCCUCCCUCCUGUCUCCCUGGUCAGAAAUCCUCCCCCGUCUCCUCCAGCUGACCAGAAUUUUACUGGAACACAAAAGCUUCUCCAAUUCCCUUUCCCCAGGAAACUGCUCGAAGGUCCUGGCUCUCUUUUUCUCAGUCUGAUAGUAUGCGCUGUUGGCUGUCACUUCCGUUGCCAGCCCGAGCCCUGCUCUCUGCAGGAGAGGCGUGGGUGUGUCCCUUUCCCCAGGCGCUUUCAGAAGUAAUUCGCACCCAUCACACAGAUUUGUAUAGUGCUUUAUUGUUUUAAAAUGUCCACAGCUGAUCUUACUUAAUUUUCAGAGUCAUCCUAAUUUUAUAGAGAGUGCAAGUGACCUACUUUAAAUUUCAUCACAUUUUUAGUUUCUCUGUCUUGUCUCUCCUUAGCUGGCUUCGAGUGCAGUGUUCUGAAUGUUGGAUGUCAGGUCAGCACAAGUCUCCUUUCCCCCUGCUCCAGCACUUUGGUGAGAAGAAAUGAUAGUUUUUGAGGAUGGUGGCUGAUUCUAGAAAUGCUUUUAUUUAAGAAACCGAAUUCUAAACUUCCGAAUCAUGGAAUUUACAAAAAUUAGGUUUUGAUUUUAUGGAAGACUUUUCUGCUUUCCUAUAUUCUUUCAAUAAGGUAAAUAUUUCUUAGGAAAUUAAAAUGAAAGCAGGUUUUUCUUUUGUAUGGAAAAAUAUUUUUUAAAACUUGAUGGCAGUCCUCCAGGAUCAUAGAGAAACCCUGGAAAACCCCAACGGCAAGUUUAAGUGCCGCUUACUGCAGGACACAACACACAGUUUUACAUGUUGUACAAACAUGGACAGGCCUUCUGUUUUUUAAUAUUUUUAAUUUUUAAUAUUAUGGGGGAAGACAAACUUUUCUUUGGUAUUUUCCCCCAAAGCAAUCAGAACCAGACAAGAAUAGAUUUUAGUAUUUUGACUCUUCCCUUUCCACCUGUUUCUCCGGGAUCCCACCUGACGUCAUUGAGGAAUAGUGCUGUUUGGGGGCCGUUGUUUUAAGAGAAAGUGCCUCCUCUUCGUUUGGCAGCAAAUUCAGACUGUAGCCAGCAGUCUGCGGGGUUGGAGGAGCAGGGCUGUCACAUCCCCACCCCCCGAAGGGCCUAUGUGAUGCUUUAAAUAUGCAAUGUUGCGGAUCACCUUUAGCUUCCCACCUAUAAAGUCUAUUGGCAUGUGUGGUGCCAAGAAAGUGAAUUCUGAAACUCAGCAUUAGUGGCAAAAUCGGCCAGAAAGUCAGGAGGGGGCAAAACAACCAAGAAUUAACAGUGGCCUUGCACGUGGAGUUUAGGGAGGGCUAAGCAGGGAUGUGCGGGCGGAGGAGGAGGUGCCCCGCCAGGAAAGUGGGGCGGGAGGAUCCCGGGAGAAGGCACUACACCCCUGGUUCCCUGGGAACUUCCUUUGCUUUAUUGUUUUCCCAGGAAAACCUCUUUUAAGUGCUUCCUUUCAGGCUUUCCCUGUUAAUUAUAUUUCACUGCAGUAUCCGAUGGUAAUUUUUUUUUUUUUGGUCAGCCUAAGUGUUUAGGUUUGCAAAUGCGCCAAAGUGUUUCAUUUCCAGUUGUUAAAACUGACUUAGUGAGAUUGAUAGCUUCCUUCUUCUGCCUCUGUUUUAUUUGCAGUAAAAGGAAGGGUAUUGAGCCAUUUUUUUCUCAAUGACGUUUUUGAUAAAUUCUAUUUGUACUGGGUAAUGAUGAAGGGUUUUUUUUUAACUUGUUUGUAUAAUUCUGCAGCAGAUACCAAAUAGUUUUAUAUCGUAAAACACCGGAUUCAUGUGCAGCACGUGUCCAUGGACUGUAAUCAUUUUCCAAUAAAACUGUCAGAACCUGGUA